AAACCAAAGGAUGCCUGGAAAAUCAUACAUAGAAUACUUAGCCCUAACCCUAAACCCUUGCGAGUUGAACCUGAUGAGCUCACAACUACUGGAAUACUUAAAGGAUCAGUUAGUGCUUACCUCAGAGGUCACAACACCACGACUGUCAUGUUGGCAAUGCGAGAUGACAUUUAUCGAGAGUAG